CCCUACCCCACCCUUCCUUCCUCCCUAUGCCCUCUCUCGCAUUCUCUCUCAGUCGACACUCCGGUGCCCCCUGGACAACACUCCCGGGCGGGGUUGUUCUCUUGCCGGGGCGUCUCUCUGUGUUGCCGCCUCCCUUAUCUCUGGUGACAGGCGCUCCGCUCUACACUCGCUCUCUGCUGGAGCCGUCACCGUCCCAGCCCGGGCGAACAGAGGCGGCCGAUCGCAGGAUCCAGCAGGAGUCCACCGCCUGGGCUCCGAUCACCGUCACGGAGCGAGUGAGUGUCCGCAGCCGGUAAACGGAUCACUGUCACGGCGCCAAGAUGAAGCCCUUCCUGGUUGCGCUGCUGCUUUUUGCGUUUGUCGGAGGAAGCCAGGCCGACAGCUGUGGUACUCCACCAGCCCUGGAGAAUGGGGACUACAGUGUACCGAGCUACUCAGUUGGGAGCUGGACGCACUACACCUGUAAUGAAGGCUAUAUUCUGUAUGGGAGAAAUAGGAGGCUGUGCACUAAAAAUGGAUGGACCAGAGGUGAUAUGUCUUGUCAGAUAAGAAAGUGUGACCAUCCACCGACGAUCAGCCAUGGCACUGUGACUGAGGGAGAGGAAUGGCUGUACGGAUACAUGGCGAAUUAUUCCUGUGACGAGGGCCAUAGCUUGACCGGUCAAGAGACCAUUCGCUGCACGGGUACUGGUGCCUGGAGUCACCCCCCUCCAAACUGUACAGGCCCUAUUACCGUAUACAGUAGAACAGAAAACACGGAGCUUUUGAGCGACCCAGAUCCAUCAAAUAGUUUGGACCAGAAAAGCAAUCCUUCCUUAAUUCAGAAGCAUGAAAUGAAAGGAACGUCAGCAUGGGCUACUGUAAGAAAGUGUGACCAUCCACCGACGAUCAGCCAUGGCACUGUGACUGAGGGAGAGGAGUGGCUGUAUGAGGCCGAGGCGAAUUAUUUGUGCGACGAGGGCUAUACCUUGACCGGACAAGAGACCAUUUACUGCACGGACACCGGGGAAUGGAGUCAUCCCCCUCCAAUCUGUACAGUAAGAAAGUGUGACCAUCCACCGACGAUCAGCCAUGGCACUGUGACUGAGGGAGAGGAAUGGCUGUACGGAUACAUGGCGAAUUAUUCCUGUGACGAGGGCCAUAGCUUGACCGGUCAAGAGACCAUUCGCUGCACGGGUACUGGUGCCUGGAGUCACCCCCCUCCAAACUGUACAGGCCCUAUUACCGUAUACAGUAGAACAGAAAACACGGAGCUUUUGAGCGACCCAGAUCUAUCAAAUAGUUUGGACCAGAAAAGCAAUCCUUCCUUAAUUCAGAAGCAUGAAAUGAAAGGAACGUCAGCAUGGGCUACUGUUUCAGUUACUUCCAUCGGAGUCAUGGUGGCUGGCAUCACCACCGCUGCCGUCACCACCACUGUCGCCAUCAGCUUAGCCGUUAAUCGAUAUAUGAAGCAGGGAUCCUAUAACAUUCAAGAAUGAAUGAAGAAGCAGACACACUGAGAUAAUUGAAGAUACAUUAGUGAUGAACCUCCACCUGUGGGAACAUUCCUGUCCUUGGCUCAGCAGGUUCUGGGUGACAAUGAAGAAAACCUGAGAACAAAUCAGUUAUUGCAUCCUCCAGCAGUUUUCUUUGUAUAAGUGUAAAAGAAUUUUACUUUGUUUACUAAAAAUGCAUUGUGAAUAGGAAUAUUUUAAGGAAAUUUCAAGCCUCUUGUACCAAUAGCGUAUUGAAAUGGACAUAAUGGGCAAAUGGUCUUUCCCUGUGCUUGUAAUCAUUCCAGAAUUCCAGUCUUGAUCACGUAUUCAACUGUCUAACUCUGGACGCUAAUAUCAAUGUUCACCAUCAGCCUAUGACCUUUGGCCGAAUCGGUCUUUAUCUUUUCUGUUCACUUACUUAAUUUUUAAACUCAUAAAUUUGUAAGAAUAAAGUUUUAUUCCCUA